AUGUUGGCCGUUGCGGAGGGCGGGAGCCUGCAGACUUACCGGGAGGUUACCAUGGGCGACCGCAAGACGGGCUACCGUUUGUCCUUUGUCCUUGGUCCGCUGGCUGUCCUUACCUCGCAUCCCAAGCCGGGGAGAAAACGAAAUGCUUCGGCUCAAGUUGGCUGGGCAUUCCUGUCGCGGAUGAAGCCGCAGAGCGUGGCGGAGUGGUUCCAGGUGGUGCCGGACCUGCUGUCCCGCAAGACCUGGUCGCUCGCGUGCGCCAGGCCUCAGGCGCAGCUUCUGCACCGGGACUGUCCCUGGGGCGGGCGCCUCGUGAAGCUCCACCUCGACGGCGUCGACUUGGAGCCCGGCGUGAUCUUGCGCCCCGAGCUGUGGCAGACCUACCUCCAGCAGCACCCGGAGAAGGGCAUGCACUCAGAGCUCAUCGAGGUCAUCGCCCCCGGGGAUGCCAUCCUUCGUACUUCAGUGGACUGGAUGCCCUGCCGCCUGGUGAACACGCUCUUCGGGAAUUUCGAGGACUCAGUUCACUUGGCGCUCUUCCACGGCAAAACGAUGCGCUUCAGGGCCUCGAGGGACUUCCCUCAGCCCGGGGACUACGGCUGCUUCGUGGCGGAGGCCUCCGAGGAAGGGCCGCGCAUGGAGCGCCUGGCGCUGAUGCGCCCCGCGAAUGGCAAGUACCGCCUGGUUUUGGUCUGGCGGAUGGUGGACGACCACUUCGCCGGCUGGGCGAAGCUGCAGUUCGCCCAGCUGGUGGAGUGUUUGGAGAGGUCCUACGCACGGUUCUUCAAACAUUUGGGCGCCAGGGAGGCCAUUACGCUGGGGCAGAACUUCUACGUGCACCUCAGCAUGAAGCACCUCCACAGCGGCAACCCCUUGGUGCCCGUGGCCCACCCAUCCGCCAGGUCCGUGGAGGUGGAUGUGGGCAAGAAGCUGGGGCUGCAGCACUGGGAGCGUUUUGGCGGAGCCUUUCACUUGGCGGAGUACCUCAAGGUGUUCCUGGCGAGCAUGGGUGAGGAGAUCUGGAUCUUCCAGUCCAUGGACGGGCGCCAGCUGGCAGCCCACCAGUGCGUGGUGCGCGCAGACCAGUGGCACUCGAUCAAAGGCCGCUUCGCCUCUGCGUUUCGCGCGCAGAGGGCCGCGUACCGCCGCAUAAACGGAGGCCACAACGCCCCCUUCUUCUAUGAGAACGGGAAGCCGGAACUGUCCAUGGUUGCGUCAGCACCUCAAGCCUCAGCGCAGCCGGAAACCGUGCUCGUCAUUCGCAACACCUUCUGGCAUGCCCAGGAGACCUGCAGAUCUGCAAAACAGCGCCGCACCGUUUCCUUGCCGCUGACCCACUUGGAAGACUGA